AAAAGUUUGACAUGUGUAAAAAUUUUAGCUCGUACUAAGCAAAUUAUGGAAUUAUUUGUAUGGGAUGGCGAUUUCGGACUUGUAUCCUUACACUGCGACUGCAUACGUGUAAUUGCCUACGCUAUACUGACAAACGCCCCCGUUAAAGUUGUGUUCUGUCGGAAUCCCUGCUACGACUACCCAAUUCUGCGUACAAAUUCCGAAAAGUUGGUCAAUUACGGCGAAAUCGUAAGAUAUCUGCAAAACGAAUUGUAUAUUCUCGAUGCAGAACUGGACGAAAAACAGGAAAGUGAGUCAUAUGUUUUUCUAAAUAUGCUCACUUUACAUUUAAAACCUGUACUGGAGUACUUGCACUGGUUAAAUGAUACCAAUUACGAGACGUUCAUGAGAAUGUGGUACGCCAAAGUCAUACCGAUACCGUUGCUGAACUGCGUGUACCCAGCAAGACGAAGAAGGUCAGCACAGGAGUUUUUCGAAAGUUUGUACCCGCACCUGGACCGUGGAGCAAUCGAGGUUGACUUACUGAAGAAAGCCCAAGAUUGUUUCUUCUCCCUAAGUACGCGACUGGAAAAGAAGCCUUACUUUCACGGAAGCUCUCCCACUACCAUAGAUACAGCAAUCUUUGCCUACCUGGCGCUGAUUGCUGAAGUACCGUUACCGAGUAACCCAUUUGCGAAUAUGAUCAAAGUAACUCCCACUUUAUGCCAAUUUAUAAGGCGUUUCAAGAGCGAUGUUUUCCCAGGCGUAGAAUAUGACAGUAAAUACCUCAACAGAGUUUCGUGUUCAAUUAAGGAGAACGAGGAUGAAGAUCUAUCCACGUCUUUAACGGCGAAAAUCGUAAUAGUGGGUGUAACUCUUUGUGGUAUGUUUGUCUAUGCAGUUUGCAAAAAUCUCGUUGAUUUGGGUAGGCUAAAUUCGUUUGUUUUAAUUGGCGAAAAAUAAACAAUUUUCAUGUG